AUGAUGAUUCCUGAGAGAAAAUUUAUUAUUGAGUAAGAUUUUGAUACUUAUUUGCAAAAGCCAGUGCCCCCAAAGCUAUCAUCAAAGAAGCCUUGUUGGAUAGCAAAACACAUAAAUUUACUUCAUUUGAAAAUUAGCAAGGGUGUGUGCUAUGAUUAUAUGCUGGCAAAUAUUCGUUUGUUUCAGCCUAAAAUAGUUAUGGAUAUUGACAUUGAUAAUUUCUUGGAUGAGGAUAAUGAAGCUGAGAAAUUCAUGGAGUUGCUUGGUUAUUAUGAGAUGUUUACUGAUAAUCUUAAAGAGUUGGUUUUAAAGCAUCCUCUAAAGAAAACUCCUCCUGCUUAGAGAAUAGAUGUGCUGCGGAAGGUUAUAUAAGAAGGUAGAAAGUUUAGAAAAGAUCUUAGGCUUCUAUCAGUGUCUGGAUAUACAACUGAUCCCUCUGUUGAUGCAGUAUUAAGAUGCAAUGUCUUUCCAAACUUGGAGGUGUUUAAAGUUAAAUUUGAUCAAGUGAAAAUGAAUUAUUACAAAAUAAAGAAGAGAAUUAAACUCGCGAACUUAAGAAAACUUGAUAUGACUGGCUGCUGCAUAAAAUUUGAUAAUCCUUACGAGAGUUAGAAUGGAGUGCAUUAGUUAUAAUAAAUGUACAUGCAGCAUUUGGGUAAUCAUAGAGUCCUUACUUAGUAAGAACUGAUAAAGAUUAAAAAGGAAGCACUGGCUAAAAAUUAUAAGAAGUUCUUGAAGAAACGUGGUGCUGAGUAUGAAGGAGAAGGUGAGGAAGAUGAGAAAAAUAAUUAAAUAGUAUUAGUCGCUAAGAAAUUUUAAGGAAAGGGAAUUAUGAUGAGCAGUUAGACUAGCAAUGAGAGUGAUGAUUUAGAAGAAGUAAGGGAAAGUCAUAUAGGAAUUUAGAAAUUUGAUAUGGAAAGUGAUUUUUUCUGCUGA